AAGCCUCUUUGGGAGUUGAGGCAAGGUUCCUCCUCGGUUGCGGCUGCUUUCUUUCUUACCACCACCUUGCUACUUGUCUUGUUACCCUAGUCUGUCUUCGAGAUGUCUUAUUUCCUCCCUCACUUGCCUUCUGGAUGGCACGUCGACGAAGCUAUCAAAUCUGAGGAAGACAGAGUUGUUGUUAUCCGCUUCGGUCAUGAUUGGGACUCUCAGUGCAUGACCAUGGACGAGACUCUCCACGCCGUUGCUGAGAAAGUACAGAACUUCGCAGUGAUUUAUCUGGUUGACAUUACAGAGGUGCCAGAUUUCAACAAGAUGUACGAAUUGUACGAUCCUUGCACGGUGAUGUUCUUCUAUCGAAACAAACAUAUCAUGAUCGAUCUCGGAACUGGUAACAACAACAAAAUUAAUUGGGCAAUGGAUAACAAGCAAGAGCUGAUUGACAUUAUUGAAACGGUAUACCGAGGUGCCUCCAAGGGACGUGGUCUGGUAGUCUCCCCCAAAGAUUACUCCACUCGCUACCGAUACUAAUUGUCGUCCUUGUCCGCUCGACAUUCUUUCUGCAAUGGCUGUGUUUCUAUUCGUUGUCGCAUUGUAAAGGAUCUUUGUAAUAUACCACCCUCGUUUUUCAACCUCCAAUGUUCUGUGAUAUUCGCUAAUGUCCAUAAUGUCUAGGUUUGUUAGUGAUACAGCUUCUGCAGAGCGACCUCGGCUGGGCGUGUCAAGGAAAGGCGGCAACCAACGCCCAAGGCCCUCCACUUUGGCAGGCUUAAAAUCUUUACCUUCCUCUUCCUUCCGAACAUGCAAAAUCUGUGCAGACAGUUUGUCGACUUGGUCCAUGAGGACGUCAUCUGGUGAGUGCUGCUCAAUAUGGCUACAAUUCUCUCUCUUUCGAAGGGAGCUAUCAUGUGCAAUGCGUAGCAAAAAUGAAAUGAAACUGGAAAACAUGGAUUGAAGUACUC